AUGACGAGCGCACCGCCGAAACCGGCAACAGUGAUCGAGGAGUCACGUCGCCGCGGGGACGGACUGCAGCAGACCAUAGAUAUGCACACGACGAACGCUGCACUUGCCGGUUGCACCGUCACCAUGGACCAGUUCACCGCCGACGAAUACCUGCUGCAGCCGCAGCAUCAGUACGCCGCAGCCGCCGCCACCGCAUCCGCCACCGCCGACUACCACUGCGGCAGCAAUCCCUCCGAGUGCGAACCGGCCGCCGCCGCCGCGUACCCACAUCACCAUCACCAUCACGCGCACCACUCGACCAAGGACGGCGGCGAAUACUUCGCAGAACCUUAUUACUACGACACGGCCCCCGCCGGUUAUUGCGGCGGAUACGUUGGUCCGUACGACGCGUACAGCGACCACAACUGGUCAUCGUCGCCACAGGAAUAUAAUUCAUCGUCCGGCGCUGGCGGGGUCGUCGACGUGUCGCAACCGUACUGGACUCCGGCGGACGUCGGUGGACCAUUGCAUCUGACGCCACUGACGCUACAGCCACCCCCGCCGCCACAACCUUCACUAUUGGUCCCGGAACUGGUUGGUUUCUGCGACGUUGACGACUUCCGGUCUGCCGAACACGGCUUAUUGCAGUUUCAGCCCGGUCGCGGGCCUACCGACCAAACCACCUGUAUGACCACGGACACCACCGCUGACCAAUUCUUCAAAUCAACUUUAAAUAAUAAACAAAUAAUAAACAGAUGUGACCAAAAGAAAUCUAUGAAUAAAUCAUCAACGAGCCAAAGACAAAGAGCGAAACGGAAACCUAGAGUACUAUUUUCUCAGGAUGUAAUAUCAGAAUUGGAACACCGGUUCAAUCAACAGCGUUAUUUAUCGGCUACAGAGCGAGAAGCAAUGGCAUUAAGACUGAGGUUGACUCCAACUCAAGUAAAAAUUUGGUUUCAAAAUCGGCGAUAUAAAAGCAAAAAGUUAAUAACAACAGACUGUACAAUACCAGAUAACAAUAAAAAGCCUCCCAGAAGACAAUUUCCAGUAAUCAAGCAUUGUUAUACAGAGUUAACAAGUUUGAUUACCAAUAAUAAUCAUAACUUCAAUCACAGCAACAAAUAUUUUAACAUUUAACCAUAUUUUCACUAGUUAUGAUAAAAGUACAUCAAUAAAUAUUUAAUAAGUUAACAAUUAGAUUGUUUUAUGUAUAAUAUUGUUAGUAGUAUUACUAUGAAUUUGAUAGAAUUAGGUUGGUAGGUACAUAUAUAAGAUUAAUCAUUAUCCUAUUCAAAAUUUUAAGAUUAAUACGCUUUUAAAAUGUUUCUUAUACUAGUCUAUACAGUUUAAGAAAAUAAAUAAUAAUUUAUUAAUGUAUAAAUCAAAUGUACAUAUUGAUUAUUGACAUGUUAUAUAAUUCAUACCAAAGAUUCAUCAUGCA